ACGAUCACAGCUACCAUGUCGGCUGCCACCCCCACCACGCUGGCGGAGUUUGAGGCGUCUGCACGGCAGAAAGCGACAGCGUUCGCGUGGAGCUACCUGAGCCGGCCCGGUGAGGACGGACAGACUCACACUGAUAACCGUCGGGCUUUUAAACGCUAUCGCCUCAUUCCACGGAAUCUGCGUGACGUGUACAUCCGGGACACUUCUGUGACCAUAUUAGGUACCAAGCUGGAUUUCCCAGUGGCCAUUGCGCCAACAGCCACGCACCUAUUGUUUCAUCCUGAGGCGGAGUUGACGACUGCAAGAGGCGCAGCCUCCAUGAACACCCUGAUGGUUCUGAGCUCCUGGUCGCAUCACUCCUUAAAACAGGUGGCUGAGGCGGCUCCGCGGGGGGUCCGCUGGUUCUACAUGCUGUUCUACCGAGACCGAGGCCGGAUGAAGCGGCUCCUGGAGCGGGCAGAACGGGCGGGUUACGCCGCCAUAGUCCUCACCGCGGAUCAGCCUUUCUUUACGUUUUCUUUUCGCAAAGUAGCGACUACUUUGCCAUUAGAUUUUCGGUUCCCCAACAUCUACUUAGACGACAACCCCCCUGGGCCUCUCGGCUCAUUAGAACUGGCCGAGUACUUCAAGAAAACCGUCAAGGAGGCGGCAACAUGGGAAGAUGUGGAAUGGGUGAAGAAGAACACCAGGCUGCCGGUUGUUCUUAAAGGAAUCCUGUCCGUUGAUGAUGCUAAGAUGGCAGUCCGGUUGGGGAUUGACGCCAUCUUGGUGUCUAACCACGGUGGCAGACAAUUGGACGGAGUCCCUGCUACUAUCGACGUUCUUCCGGACAUCGUCGGCGCAGUUGGCGGUGAGGCGGAGGUUUACCUGGACGGAGGGGUCCGGACUGGGACGGACGUGCUGAAGGCCUUGGCGCUUGGGGCCAGAUGUGUGUUCAUCGGCAGGCCCGCUCUAUGGGGACUUGCUUAUAACGGUGCUGAAGGUGUUCAGCAGGUUCUCAAGAUUCUGAAGGACGAACUCAGUUUGGCCAUGGCCAGAGCGGGUAAGUAUAUUUGAAAGUUCGUAACUUUUAAUCUAAAAAUUCAAGAAGAUUCACUAAUUCCUUGACUCAAGUCACACAGUCACAGAUUCGCACAAGUGCAAAUCAU